GAGUCCGGACCCAGGUGGCCAUGGCGUCCAGGCGGGCUUCCCUCCGUGGCCUGGUGUCUCACUGCCUCUGGCUGUUGGGGGUCAUCCUGCUGAUGGAUGUGUCUGCCCGGCCUGCCAACCACUCAUCUGCUCGGGAGAGGGCAGGCAACAGGGAGGAGCGGGAGAUCCUGCCCCCGGACCACCUGAAUGGGGUGAAGCUGGAGAUGGACGGGCACCUCAACAAAGACUUCCACCAGGAGGUCUUCCUGGGGAAGGACACGGACGGGUUCGAGGAGGACGCGGAGCCACGGAGGAGCAGGAGGAAGCUGAUGGUCAUCUUUUCCAAGGUCGACGUGAACACCGACCGGAGGAUCAGCGCCAAGGAGAUGCAGCACUGGAUCAUGGAGAAGACGGCAGAGCACUUCCAGGAGGCCAUCGAAGAGAGCAGGGUGCACUUCCGUGCCGUGGACCCCGACGGCGACGGCCGUGUGUCGUGGGACGAGUAUAAGGUGAAGUUUUUGGUGAGCAAAGGGCACAACGAGAAAGAAGUCGAGGAGAAGAUGAAGAAUGGCGAGGAGCUGAAGGUCGACGAGGAGACACAGGAAGUCCUGGAGAACCUCAAAGACCGUUGGUACCAGGCGGACAACCCCCCCUCGGAUCUGCUGCUGACUGAGGACGAGUUCCUGUCGUUCCUUCACCCCGAGCACAGCCGUGGCAUGCUCAAGUUCAUGGUCAAGGAGAUUGUCCGGGACCUGGACCAGGACGGUGACAAGCAGCUCUCGCUGCCUGAGUUCAUCUCUCUGCCCGCGGGCACGGUGGAGAACCAGCAGGGCCAGGACAUCGAUGACAGUUGGGUCAGAGACCGGAAAAAGGAGUUUGAGGAGCUAAUCGACGCCAACCAUGAUGGGAUCGUGACCAUGGCGGAGCUGGAGGACUACAUGGACCCCAUGAAUGAGUACAACGCCCUUAACGAGGCCAAACAGAUGAUCGCCAUCGCCGACGAGAACCAGAACCACCACCUGGAGCCCGAGGAGGUCCUCAAGUACAGCGAGUUCUUCACGGGCAGCAAGCUUAUGGACUAUGCCCGCAAUGUGCACGAGGAGUUCUGAGCCCGAGCCCCCCGCCGCCCGCCCCUCCCGGAAGCCUCCCUCCCUCCUGCCGUCCUCGGGCCCCGGGUCCGGGCUCCUCGAAGUUGUGCUCGAGCAGGCCGGAGCCCCCGAGGCGCGCCACGGGCCGGCCGCCCCUGUGCGCGGGGCCCCACGUGCUGCCACGUGUCACUUCUGGGAAGCGGGUGCCGUCGUGCGAGGGCACGGACCGCAGUGGCGCCCUGCGGGCUCACCACACCUGUGGGAAGUGACGCGGCUCCUGCCGCCUCCUUAAAGACCGAGCGGUGGAGCUCGUGCUCGAAUGUGCUGCCGGUGGCCAGUGGCUGGGGGUGCCUGCCCUUCCGAGCGGAGGACGCUCGGUCUCCGAAAACACAAACACUUGUGACAAGAAUCUUACGAAUUUACUUUAAAAUAUAGUUGCCUUUUUCUCCCA